GGUUAACGCGAACGGUAAUCAUGCAAAACGUAUUGUUGAUAUUUCGUAUACACCRUUUGUUAUCAGCUCACUGCGAAGUGGAUCUUGGAUUUAUGAUUGAUGGCUCUGCCAGUUUGGGCCGCAGAAAAUUUGAGUUGAUCAUGGCCUUCGUCCAGUCCAUUGUCAGCUCAUUACCGGUGUCUAGAAAAGAAGUACGAGUUGGUGCAGUUGUCUUUGGCUCAAAACCUCAACCAGUGUUUGAAUUUGGAGAGGCGCGUUCUACUGAGGAAGCAUUGAAAGCUCUCAAURAUGUCAAGUACCCGGCAUCUCGUGGGCGAACGAAAACUGGUCGCGCCCUAGAAUUUACAGAACAACGGUUGUUUUCCAAAUCAAAACACACACGAAAAGAAGAGCUGAUUGUUAUUACAGACGGUGCAUCAACAGAUGAUGUCCGAGGUCCAGCACAACAUCUGAAACAAAGGGGAGUUGAUGUUAUUUCCGUUGGAGUUGGCCAUUCUUUUAAAAAGUCUGAACUUGUGGAAAUGGCCUCUACUGAAGAGGAGGUGUUUGAAAUUGACUUUGACCACCUCCAACAGUUGGUGGGUAGAAUACUUCACCAAACUUGUAAACCUCCAGGGACAACGCCAACACGUCCUGGUCCAACUGAACCUAGAGCUAUUGCAUUUUACCCAUUAAAUGGAAGAACAAAAGGUCGAGAUGUUGGUCCAAGACGAAACCCAGCAGGUCGUCCAUAUAAUGUUCAGCAGGCACCAGGCCCCGAUGGUUGGCCACGUGGAUCAUACUUCUUUCCAGGGCGAUCAAACAGCUUUAUUUAUUUYCCWAAUAAUGGUGGUAUCGAUGCAAGAAAGUCGAUAACUAUACUUGGAUGGGUAUAUCCUCAAAAAAGUGGUCCUCUCUUCCAUUACCACCCAAGGUUCUGGGGWGUCCAUAUCUGGUAUAUUGCUCCUAGUACCUUGUUUGCGAGAUUCACAAGGCGAACAGGACGUUCAUCUCCUGCUCUUGUUAGUCGCCGUUUGAAACGCAAGAGAUGGAGCUACUUUGGCGCUACCUACGACCAUAAAACUGGCUUAGCAACACUAUGGGUGAAUGGCUAUCCUGUUGUGCAGCGAAAUAUUGGUGUUAUCAGACUGGCAACCAAUCAUCCUGCGGUGAUGGGUAAGAAGACUGGAGACAGAAGAUAUUUCCGUGGACGCAUCUCCUGUGUUCAGGUGUUUGAUGUGGCUUUGGCUGGCCCGCAGAUAAAGAAACUGGAAAAGAUCUGUCUCAAAGGAUCUCCACCACCAACUAUACGCCCACCACAACUUCCAUUUGUUUUGUCGGUAUUYCCACUUGAUCGACCUCAUGGAGGAGUGGAUAUCAUCAAGCGCAGUCCCAACGGUCGUGUAUUCAACAUUAAAUACGCCCCAGGCCCUGACGGACGCAAGUAUGGUUCUACCCAAUUYCUUGGUAAACGAAAUAGCUACAUCGAGAUUCCUAACUCAGGUAAACUGGAUGCUCGGCGCUCAAUGACAAUCCUUGCUUGGGUUUACCAUGAAGGCAAAUCAGGUCCUAUCUUCAAUUACGACAUUGAUGGAUUUGGUGUUCAUCUCUGGAUGACGAGACCAAGAGUCCUGUUUGUACGUUUUGUUCGUCGAAACAAGAAAUUCACACAUUCUGUGUCUUCUGACCGAAGACCUAUCAACUAUCGUGCUUGGAAUUACAUUGGAGCCAGUUAUGACUACAGAAGCGGACUAGCUACUCUUUGGUUGAACUCAAAGCCUAUUGCAUCCAGAAAAAUCGGUCGCUUUAAUUUGGCAACAAACUAUCCCAUACGAAUAGGUGUUCGAAAGGGGGAUAGACGCUACUUCAGGGGACGACUGUUCUGUAUCCAAGUUUACAGUGCUGCUUUGACCAGAAGGCAGAUUAGACACGCUGCAAAACGCUGUUUUAAAGCUCCACCUCCACCACCAACACCAACGCCUUCAACGAAACCACCAUUGCCAAUUGGAAUUGCUAUAUACAACACAAGAACAUACUUUGUGUUGAGGUUUAACCGUGGUUCGUCGCGGUAUAAUGUGAAGAGAGCCAUCAAUAAUAUGCGUCUCCCAGGAGGUGGAACCAGAACUGGUCAAGCCUUACGCCAAGUUCACAGAAACCUUUUCCCCGGUCGUGCUUCAAAUGGACGAAAGAGGGUAUUGCUUCUCAUGACYGAUGGCAUCUCUCAAGAUAGUGUUAAGGGACACGCCAGAAAUCUUAGAUAUGCUGGCGUAGAGGUGUUUGCCAUGGCAAUCGGCCGACGCUAUAGAAAAAGUCAACUUCAACAAAUAGCAAGCGAUGGCAGUCAUAUCAUUACRGUGUCUUUCCGACUGCUGCCAACCAAAUUGGCCGGCUUACAACGUCGUAUUUGUAGUGUUGUACCGACAAUCAGGCCUUCUACACCUAAACCUCCACUGCCUCCUCCUCCAGUUUGCAAGCGUCGUAUCGACCUUGGUCUUCUUAUCGAUGUAACGUCGCGUGUAAACGUCCGUCACAUCCAAACGUUUGUCAAACGAGUUGUCCGUAGUUUCGUCGUGUCUAGACAAAACACUCGCAUUGGUAUUGUACUGUUCUCUUCACAUCAAAGACGUAUCAUCGGCUUYGUGAACGCAAGAAGUCGCGGCUCUGUUAACAGAAUCAUCGGAAGAAUCAGACUUAUCAGAGGACGAAGAUACAUAGGACGUGCACUCCGAUAUGUUAAGAAGUACUUGUUUGUUGGAAGACCUAAGUGCGGCCGCAAGAGAGUACUGGUGRUWAUAAAUAGCGGUGUGUCUGUCGACAAAGUCUGGAGACCUGCUAAUGGCUUGAAGAAAAUGGGUGUUGAAAUAUUUGUUUUGCUAACUUCAAAACGAGGUGUACGUCAAAUGUAUCAAAUUUCGACGUCAAGAUACCAUGUCAUAUCCACAAGUUACCAAUCAAUGAUAAGAAUCACAGAUCGUCUCACCAAGAAAAUCUGUUUUUCACCUAAAGUCAUUGUCAAGAAAGGAGCAGUUGCAUGGUACAAGUUUUCGAGAAAAACAGGAAGACGAGACUCCAGUCGAAACAAGAAUCCUAAUGUACAAUUCAAGGGGGUUCGUUACACUUACGGUCCCGAUCGACAUCCACAAAGUGCAUUAUAUUUCAGUGGUAGACGAAAUAGCUAUGUGUAUAUCCCUAACGGUGGUUGUUUGGAUACUCAGUCAUCCAUUACCUUCACUGCAUGGAUUUAUCCAGAGAGAGCUGGUCCAAUCUUCCAUUACAAUCCAAGAGGAUGGGACUUGCAUAUCUGGAUGACCAGGACAGAUGAAUUGUUUGCACGAUUUGUAGGACGCCGACGUAAACGUAGCCCAUACCUUAAAAAAAGAGGAAUUCCAAGAGGACGAUGGAGCUACAUUGCCAUUACUUAUGAUCAUAAAACUGGGUUGGCAAUCUUAUAUCUGAACUCUCGUCCAAUAUUGCGAAAAAAUAUCGGUCGAUUUUCUUUCGGUCUUGCUACGGGAAGUGCAGUAGUGAUUGGUGCUAAGCCUGGUGAUCGUCGAUAUUUCCGUGGACGCAUUGCUUGUGUCACCUUAUUUGGGAGAGCACUUUCAAGAAGUGAAAUAAGAUUAAGGAUGAAGUCUUGUUUCCUCACACCUCCUCCCCCUAAAGUUUGCAAUCGUAAAAUCGAUGUGGUAUUCCUUAUUGAUGUAUCGUCUGGAACUGGCCGACGCAAUAUUCGACAUAUUCGCCUGUUUGUUAAAGACAUGGUUCGGCGCUUUGUUGUAGCACAGCAUAGAGUACGUAUUGGUAUCACAAUCUACUCUUCGCGACAACGACGAGUGAUUAGCCUGACCCAAGUACGUGGACGUUACAGUGUCUACCGUGUGUUGAAGAGAAUCACAUACAGGGGAGGUAGACGAUACACCGGAAGAGCUCUCUCAUACACCAAGAGAUACUUGUUUACAGGGAAACCAAACUGCGGAAGAAGAAGGGUUCUGGUACUUCUCAGUAGUGGAGUAUCGGUUGACAGGGUUUACAAACCUGGUAGGGUCUGCAAGCGCCGCAUUGAUAUUGGGUUCCUCAUCGAAGUCUCUUCGCGUGUUGGACGUCGUAACAUUCCUUACAUCCGACGAUUUGUUAGUAAGAUCGUUAAAGGUUUCAAAAUCUCACAUCGGUACGUACGUGUUGGAGUGGUAAUCCAUUCCUCAAGUAGCCGAAGACUUAUUGGUUUUGGUCAAUCUCGAAGUGUUGGACAUGUUUUGAGAAUCAUGAAGAGAAUCAGAUAUCUUGGAGGGGUAUCUUAUACUGGAAGAGCCCUUUAUUACGUUAAUAAAUAUCUGUUUUCUGGAAGACCACAGUGUGGAAAGAAGAGGGUUUUGAUCGUGAUUUCCAGUAGUGUUUCACGGGACAGUGUUGUUCGACCAGCAAAGAAACUACGUUCGGUUGGUGUUGAGACCUUUGUAAUUGUCACAAAUGUAAGAGCAUACCGCAGUCUUCGAGUGAUUGCCACUACUAGAAGACACGUUACUAUCACGUCAUAUCGUUCUGUGGUCAGAAUUGUGCGUCGCUUGGCGAUAAGGAUUUGCAAAUCUCCAAUAGUUGUAGUACAUAAAGGUGCAGUUGCCUUGUAUAAGAUGACAAGUGCAACUGGACGACGUGAUUCAAGCAGAAACAGGAAUUCACCCGCCACGUUUGUAGGCGUUAAAUACGCCACUGGACCAGAUCGUCAUACACGAGGUGCAAUUCGGUUUAGCGGAAGACGUAACAGUUACGUGUUGAUUCCUAACAACGGCUGUCUUGACACGCAAUAUUCGAUCACAAUCUGUGGAUGGGUGUAUCCUGAAAGCGCAGGUCCUAUNUAG